AUUUCAUGCUGACGACCAGUAACGGCUACUUCUUCACGUUGUUUCUCUCCUUGGUAGACGGAAUCGCGCAGUAAAACAACACGCAGAGAUAAAGGCUUGACGGAAAUAUAUCAGUCGGAAUGGGUCGACGAGGCUCGAGAUCGCCUGUAAGGAAGCGUAGCCGUCGAUCUCCCACUCCGACCCGGUCCAAAUCGCGAUCUCUCUCGCGGUCUCCUCCUCCUCGCUCCUCGUUGGCUCGCAAGGAUCGGAGGGACGAUCGGAGAGAGGACAGGAGGGACGACCGGAGGGAGGAACGGAAGGAGGACCGGAGACAGGAAAAGAGGGUGGAUCGACGAGAUGACAGAAGGGACGAUCGAAGGAACCGUCGAAGCCGGAGCCGAUCGCCUGUUGGCAGGUUGGAACCCUGACAUGCCUUCUCACGCUAACGAAUCGUGGAUCGCACAUGCUUGGCACUCCUUAUCGCCAGGCGAAUAUUACUUACUGGAGGAUGCUAUUAUUGGACGAUUUUCUUGCAGAGAGCAUUAAUACCUUAUCUGUUUCCGUGCACAUGCUCACUCUGUGUUGACCGUACACUUUCGGCCUCUCUACCAGCUUCUCCAGGACUCGAUACAAGACGUUUUUCUCCGCGUUGUUAUCACCCCGUGUCGGGUGCUAUCUCUCAACCUACCCAGCAUGAACCCCAGUAUGAUACUCGUUAUAAUGGUCCCCGCUAUCCGCUAGGGUCCGCGCCUGGCCAUUACUUGAACGGUGCAGACCCCCACCCCUCUGCAGCUCGCCUGUAAGAGACGUUAUUACAGGCGCCUCAAAACCCUUCUGGCGCCGCGUCCCUGUAAGAGCAAAUCUCUUUCCGUCGCCGGCCUCCUGCCACCUUCAAGGGCUGUUUUUCCAUGCAGCACGAAGCCACCCUCCUGUCAUCGUACGCCUUCGGACGGUACUUAGUGCUCCACUCAUCCUCCUCUCAACUUCUUUCCACCCUGUGCUCCCCUUUCCCAUCUUCCUCCUCCAUCACCUUAAGCUGGGCCACUUUUAGUUAAGUGCCAUGCUAGCACAUAAGAGACCCCCAUUCCCACCGUAUCCGCACUAACAUUUCGUCCUACCACCCACCCCCAUUCUUCCUCUCGUCCCCUCUCUCGCCCGUGCUCUCGCUGCGCUCCCAACGCUUCGCGCCCAUCCUGCUGCGGGUGCUGCGAUUUCCGUGAUUUUCGCACACCUUGGAAACAUCCUCGUUGCUGAUUGGCCAGAGGACGGCGCAGCAGAUCCCCCUCCCCCCGCCGCCGCGACAAGGGGCGGGAAGGGGGGAAGAGGGGGGGAGAUGAGCGGAAGCUGGAGGGCGGGCGGAAGGGGGAUAGCGGGCGCAGGAGCAGCCGUCGGGAAUUGAGUCGCAGUCGCUCGCGCUCCCCCGCCCCGCGCAGGCGCUCCCGCUCCCCCUCCCCUUCCCGCCGUUCCCCGUCCCGCGCGCGGAAAGAAAACGCGCGGAAGGACGAUCCGCGGAAGGAUGAUGCGCGGAAGCGGACUAAUCUGAGUGGCGAAGGGGGGAGGGACGGGAAGGGAGCAGGAAAUGACAAGGAAACUACCAAAGGGGGAGUGAGGAAGGAGGAAGAACGGAAGAAAGUCGAUUCUAGCUGUAAAGUGGCGGAGGAAGAUGCGGAGGAGGAGGAGAGAGUUAAGGGGGCUGAGAUGGAGGCACGGAGAGCCAAGGAGGAAGCCGAGAGGGCCGAGAGAAAGAGGUUACGGGAGGAAGCAAUGGAGAAGCUUAUAACGGAGGAGACAACCAGGAGGCUGGAAGAGGCGAUUCGGGAGCGAGUGGAGCAAGAACUUACCUCAGAGGAGAUUAAGAAGGAAAUGGCGGCUCUGAUUGAGGAAGGCCGGCGGAAACUUCCGGGGGAGGUGGCGAGAGUGUUAGAGGAGGAAAAGGAGGCAGUUGAAGAGGAGAAGAGGAGGCAAGAGGAGGAGAAGCAGAAGGAAGCAGAGCAGCAGCUGCAGGUGCUGCAGCAGAAGCAAAGAGAAGCGGAAGAAGCAGAGAGGGAGAGGUUAGAGGAGCAGGCGAGGGAGCAGGAGAGGAGGUAUCGGGAGCUGGAGGAGCGGCAGCGGCUGAGAGAUGAGGCAAAGAGGAAGAAGAAAGAGGAGGAGGAGAAGACAAAGAAGGAGCAGAUGAAGAUCUUAGGGAAGAAGAACGCUCGGCCGAAGCUGGCGUUCAGCUUGGGAGGGAAGUGAUUAGAUAUGAGAUGAAUUCUAGCGAUGAGUUUCUUUCUACUGCCACGGAGGCAGCAGAGGGAGAGAGGCAUGCAGAGGAGGCAGAGGAAGCAGAGUGCGAGAGGCAGCAGCUUGAGGAGCGGACGAGGGAGCAGGAGAGGAGGAGAAGGCACGAGCCGAAGCUGGCGUCCAGCUUGGGAGGAAAGUGAUCAGUGGUGAGUUUCUUUCUACUGCCGCAGAGGCAGAGGAGGGAGAGGGGCGUCCAGAGGAGGCAGAGGAGGGGCAGAGUGAGAGGGGCAGCAGCGUGAGGGGCGGGUGAGGGAGCAGGAGAGAAGGUGUCAGGAAUUGGAGGAGCGGUAGAGGCAGCGGCAGAGGGAUGACGCCAAGUGGAGGGAGAGCGAGGAGAAGUUGAAGAAGGAGCAGACGAAGAUCCCAGGGAAGAAGAACGCCCGGCCGAAGCUGGCGUCCAGCCUUGGUGGGAAUUAAAUAGAGGUUUCUAGUGUGGGAUGGGGUGUCAUGUCAUGGUGUGGCUUCAAGUCACGGCAUGGUUGGUUGGUUGGUACGUGUGUGGAGUGGAUGAUUCUUUGGGUUGUUGGAACGUGGAACGCUCUGACCUGACAUAUUUCGUUCCCCUUGGUCCGCUGCAGCAGUGGCAUGUCGUGGCCUCGCAUAGCAGUGGUAGCAGUUCCACCGAGGUCCACCAUUGCCAAAUAAGGGCCUCCUUGCUCUGGUCCUUGGGAGCCACACUGUUCCCAACUGCAGCUUAGCAGGAAGAAAAUCACUAGGAAGAGUAUUCGUCAGGCCUAGCAGCCAAGAAGGAAGUGUAUAUCGGCAGGCAGGGC